AGCCCGCUUUGAGCGUGAGCAGAAGUUUCGACGCGCGGUAACGUCGCGCAUGCGUACCUCACCAAUGGUUUUGGCGGGAAACAAAUGUGUAUGUUCGAAAAUUGAAAAAUAAUAUUUUUUUUCCUUUUUGUGUUACCUAGUGAUUGUUCUUGAAUACAAAUAAGUUUACUAACAGCAGCAAUCAGAUCGAGCUUACCUACAUCACGUUAAAAAUGAUGUCAUCAAACACAGUUUUCAAGAGCACAUUCGGCGCACUGUUGUUGGUGCAACUAGCAGUGCAAGUGUCAGCGGGAACUAAGUUCGCUUCUCACGUCAGCAUAAAUACACCUGCGCGGAGCUUCACGCACGGGGUCGGUGACCCCCUGCCAUUGCUCGCAAAACGAAAUUACAACCGACAAUCAUCGUUCCGAAGCUUACCGCCUCCGCCACCGCCUCGAGGGUCAGGAUACCCGCGAGUGAAACCGACGAUACCAUUCAGCAACGAAGACCGUUUUCGCGACAACUCAAUAAAUGGAUCACCCUGGCAGUACAAUAAUUACAUGGAUGUUGCCAUUCCCGUACUCCCACCAUCACCGUACAAAGUAGACUCGCCCGACCCCGAGUCGCUGUGGCCCGAAGGACUGUUCAUACCACCGUUUAACCCGCCAAGGUUUGCUGCUAGCAAACGCCGCAGUGAGGUAUUAUCAGAUGCCGAAUCCUUAGAUCCCUACUUAUUAGAAGGAUCGGAAGCAAUAGCAGCUGUCAAGAGGGCAAGCCGCCAUGGUCUAUAUUACUUCGACGAUAUACCUCAUAUCGAGUCACUCCUCGCCAACCAGGAACUUAGAAUCGAGAACAAUUUGAAACCUCAUAGAUUAGGUAGCAUACGUCAGACGUGGCCUUACAACCGACCUUAGCAUUCCCUCGACGACCAAUAAAACAAUACGUAUAAAAUUGCAAUUAUUAUUAUAUUUGUAUACAACAAUAAAAAUACUCAAUAAAAAAGUC